AUGGGAACUAUAUCGCGAGAGUUUGACAUCACCAUCCUGGGCGCAACAGGUUGGACAGCAAGUAUGUGCGCGGAGCACAUUACGAAGACGUUCCCAACGACCCUGAAGUGGUGUAUAGCUGGGCGUUCCGUGCCUAAACUCACCACACUGCAAGAGAGCCUUAAGGCGCUGAAUCUGGACCGCCUCCCCCCAUCUAUCUGCAGCAUUGCUGACUUGCAGAGCGACCACCUGUCGUUUCUUGUGCAGCGGAGCAAGGUCAUUAUCAAUGGGAUCGGGCCAUACCACAGGUUCUCGACGCCGGUGGUGGAGGCAUGCGCCAGACACGGGACGCACUACGUGGACUUCAGCACCGAGACUCUCUGGAUCGCCGACAUGAUCGCAGCGUACGACGCAACGGCCCGGGCGAGCGGCGCGGUCAUCAUCCCGGCCAUCUCCGGGGCCAGUUCGCCGUCCGACGUGGUGGCGUGGCUCCUCGCCACCGCUAUCCGUCGCCACUAUCCCCGCGAGUCCCGGAUAAGCGAGGUUGUUUGUUCCGGGAAGCUGACAAUGCUCGGGAUGCAGGGUGGUUCCUUGGAGACCGUCCUGCAAGUUGCAGAGAAGUAUGGCAUCUCGUGGUUCUGGCGUGGGGACUCAUGGGUAUUAUCAGAUCGAGAAGAGCCACGGGCACCGUGUCAGCCGGUCAGCUGGACGAACAGCCUUUUCGGGUAUCGUUUCGACAGCGUCCUGGGCCACCUGGCGACUUCAUUCAUUGCCAAAACAAAUGAGUCCGUUGUCCAUCGCUCGGCAGGGCUUGACCCCGACUGUUACGGACCAGACUUUGUGUAUCACGAGUAUACUCCAGCCCGAGGGGUUCUUAGCUCCAUCCUCAUACAUCUUCUCACGAAACUGGGCAUUCUGCUUCUCGGGCUAUCAUGGUCCAGGUGGUUUGCACGACGGCUUUCUUACCAGCCCGGAGAUGGACCGCAUCGUGGAAAGAGCCGCAGAGUGGAGCGGAUGGACUUCAAUGCCGUGGGAUAUAUCGGCGGUCUUGCUCGUCCGGUAGCGGAGGCGAGUUUUGUGUACAAGGGAGCACUGGUGGACGUUAGUGCCAUCUUUGCAGUAGAGGCGGCGGCCACACUGAUGGAGAAGACGCCAUUGGGCAGCGUCAGGACUGGUCUACAGACACCGUCGACGCUUGGGAUGGAAUUUGUUGAAAAACUUCGGCAAGCUGGUGUUGACGUUACUGUACAGAUAGAACCAGUACGGUAG